GUUUGUUUUUUCCGUGACAUUUAUUUGGCUAAAAUUUAUAGUAUAUCGUAUUGUUACUUAUAAUUUUCAAUUUGAUUUAAUUGUUAAAGUACAUUGCUGAGCCUACACUGGGAUGGAUCCCUUCGACAUGACAGCAAAAGCGAAGUGGCAGUAAUGGAGUGAAUUUAGCUGGAAAAUCUUGCAAAGUUGGUGUUGCCCCAUUUUAUCGACCGAUUUCCCCGAUGACCUGCUAGCAUCCACCGGAUCUAUGUAACUCGGUCUACGUUUUUCAUCAUGAACAAUCAGUAGGUACAUUGUAUAUGACACUGAUUUGAUUCAUCAAGAUCAGACAGCUCAGAGUUUCACAAUGGAUUGUACAAAUCAAUCACGGAUCUCUCCUACUAAAUCCACAAUAGACUCUAGUCCCCUGCAGACAGCGAUGGACAAGAACAAGGAGUCUUUAAAAGUUAAACUUUUGGUAAGAAGAACGUUAAACCAAUUAGUUGAGCAAGGAAUAAUGCCAUCUCCGAAAACAUCUCCCGCAAUUUAUGAGCAACAGCGACAACUCGAACGGGCCAAGACAGGGGAUUUGCUCAAGGCUAAAAUUAAGCAAAGACCCGACAGAAUGGAGCUGGAACGGAGACAUAUUUUGGAGCACCAAGAAGGCAAUAUUGAUCCCAGCCUUGCAGAGAAGAAAAGGAUGUUGGAGAAAGCUCUCUUAGUAGAUCACCUCAAUUCUAAGAUAUCACACCGACCCGGUCCCCUUGAGCUCAUUGAAAAAAACAUUUUGCACGCAGAAGAACCCAUAGAGCGAAUAGUCAAAGAAGGUUUAGUAAACUAUACCUCUACAGAUGAAGCUGUUUCACCAGCGCAAACACUACGAAGCCCAGAAAGUAUGAUAUGCAUUGAAGAUGACUCAUUGAGCUCAGAAGGUGAAACGCAAAACUUGCAAAGACUUACACCUAUCAAUGUUUUAUUACUCACGCAACCUCAAAGUACAACAGUUUCUACUGAUGCUCUUGUUGGGACCUUGUCGAUAGGUGCUGGAACAAACCAGGUUUUGGAAUCCACAAGUCCACAAGACUGCCUUACUUUUACGCAGCCUGAAAGUUGUGUCAAGAAAGAAGGAAUUGAAACAAUUCAGUUUAAUUCAGUUGAAUGCCACAAAAAACCUUACGCCAGCAGUAGUGCGGCUUCGUCCAAAAACGAUACAAAAGAGAAAAGUAAAAAGAAAAAUAAGAACAAGGCUAUUUCAAAAACAAGAUCCAUCAAAUUUCACGAAUACAAGGGACCCGCCAAUGCUCAAAAACAUUCUUCUGCAUCGCAAAACCACGGUGAAACCAAUUAUCAAUUGAUAAUGAAGCAGCAAUAUCUCUUAGAGUAUUUGGAAGAAAUCUGCAAGCACCCUCCUGCUUUGCAUGGCAGCUCGAGUAUGUCGUUUUCAGCCAAGGAAAAAGAUUCAAAUGCAUCUGGACAGGGAUGUGAAGUAAAUAUUACUCAAAAACUGCCCCCGGAUCCGGCAACAGAGACUUUAAACAAGCUUAAAGUUUUCCAAUUGAAAAGGUAUUGCAAGAAAUAUAAUCUUCCAGUCUCUGGAUCAAAAUCAAGUCUGGUUGAGCGCUUGAAACCGUACCUUUACUUAAUGGAGCAAAGUUCUGAUUUCGAGGGGAAAUAUGAAACGGAUAUAUCAACAAGCAGUAAUACCACUGAUGUAAAAUGUACUGAGGGAAUUGAUGAACAAGUGCUAAAAGAACAGCAGAAACGUAUAGCCGAGCUUCAAAGGUUACUGAAAAAGAGCCAAGAUGAGCUAGAACACAUGAAAAUGAUACAAUUGCGUUCGCCUCAAGAUUAUACAUCUCCAUCGGGAAGUUUGCCUUGUACAGAUGACUCAGAACAUAAAAUCGAACCAGAUACGUCAAAGAUUUUCAAAAGCGAGGAAAUCAAUAUCACUUCUUUACACGCUGAUAAAAUGCUAUCUGAUAUGGAUAUUAAAAUUACUGUUCGUAUUGAUGCAGACUCACCAGAUACUACAAUUAUACCUAAACUAGAACCUAAUUUCGUCAGAAAAGAUACACUGUUGAGUGUCAUGGACGCUCCAAACAAUAUACUUACGGCCAAUGGCAGAGAGCAGUGGAAAACCGAUGAAUUACUAGAGGCAGUCGUAAACGAGGACAAUAUGAUACAAUGCGAUUCAAUAUCUCAUAGAACGGUUAGUUUUGCUUCGAAUACUGAAACUCUUGACAAGCUACUAGGACAGGUUCAGCCAGGAAUCCCAAAUCUGAAUGAUAAUAAAGAGCAUGGUUAUAACAUUUCCAUGGAAGUAAACACCCACAGUGACAUGUUAACUAACAAAGAUAUGGACGCAAAACCCAUGAGCGAUGAAAACAUGCAUACUCCUUUAGUGCUAAAUGAUUACAAUGAUGUAGACUUGUUGGACUUCCACAUGCAGAUCGAUGAUACCAGUGAUACUUACACCAUUUCUAAGUCAAUGGAGAGUUCAUUCCCAAGCAUGGAUAUCAAACAACCAGAAUGCAGCAGUGUCAAUAUGAAUAAAAUGAACUUUGAAUCAACGAUGGCUACAGGAAGCAACAAUACAAUGUACGACAGGAGGGAUCAUAAAUCAGAUGCUUUCAAUGAUUUUGAUGGUUUACGAUUCGCACACAAUGAACCGUACAGUGACAUUUUCAAGUUACAUCACACAGGCAUAAAUAUUGAGAACGUGGUAGACCCAAAUGCUUCUGAAUCAUAUUUGAAGUUGAAUAAUACGAGUGAUAUCAACGAUAACUUCCCCACUUCCGCCAGUACCGCGUUGAGCUGCUCGUUCGUUCCGAAGCAUUUAGAUCAUUUCUCGAAUCCUGAAGCAUCGAGUGUUAAGCGUAGCUGGAUGCCCAACAAUGCGUACUAUGAUAUAAAUAAAUUAAAGACGGUUACCUUAGAAAACCAACAGCAUUGUGUGCAAUCGAACCAAAACCACAGUGGGAUUAUAAAUAUAGCUGACAUGAAAAAUGGUGAUGAUAGCUUUAGUUUUGAAGAACGAAAUAAGGACACAUUGUUAAAUAGUAGCUGCAAUAAUAGUUCACACACGGGGCACAUCAGUCCUAUGGAUUUUGACAGUUUAUUGUCGAAUAUUAACUCGCCAACAACUCCGCAACAUUGUGAUCGAGGCGUACUUGACGAAAAUCAAGACAAAACAUUAUAUGAUUUGCAACAGAAUAACUUUUUGGAUUACUUCACUGAUGAUUAUGGUAUGCAAAAUGCAAUUCUUUAACAUGUGAAAUAAAUAACAUUAGUUUAUUAGAACAUAUAAA